UUUUCAAAAAAAACUUUAAAAAGAAUCAUGAGUCAUGCUACUUCCUUAACAGUUUCUUGUUUUCUUUUCUUUCUCGUUAUAAACCAUGCCAACAGUAGUCUCUUAUUCCAAGGACCUCGUGCAUCAUGUAUGAUAGGACUUUAUGCAGAUGGGAAAUGUGGAGCAAACGUAACAACUACGUGUAAGACUGAACUUGUAGGUUCAAGAAUGUAUCCUGCAAGUGUUAUUGCUAAUGUUAAUCGAUGCAUAUGUAAUCAAGAUUUGAAGAUACGUAAUCACUAUUGCAUAUGUAAAAGAAGCGUACGUCCUCCUCAAUGCGUUGACGUAACAGCCAAGUUAAGAGAUACCGGUGUGAAAUUCUGAUUCUGAUCGAAUCCAUGAGAAAUGUUAAAAGAGUAAUUCGAAAAAAGAAGAUUAUCUUGUUUGUUCUUCGAGAUCGUUUGAUUUGGAAGUUACUUUUGUAAACGUUUUUUUUAUUUUGUUUGGGUUACCAAUCAUAGAAUAGUAUUUUUAGUGUUUGAUCAAAAUCAUAAAAUAAAUAAUGUUUAUAUUUGUUUGUAUGUUUAAUUCGGAAUUUUUGUAUUGUAAAUAAAAGGA